AUGGCCGACGCGCACACCAUCCUCUCCACCAUACUGUACUGCCUUUGGUGGCCUACCAACAGGAUUCUCUUCGCACUUGGCUUCAUCCUAUCACCUUUCUGGGCAGUCGCGAAAUUCGUCUUCCUUCCCGUAGCCUACCUCCUCCACGGUAUCUACGUUAUUUAG